CCCAAUAAAUACCACCUUCUGGGUCAAACAUUUUCCUCCUCUUCAUUUUCUUCUACUAGUAUUACUACUCAAUAGCUAGGUUUUCAUCAAUUAGACCCUUAAUUAGGAGCCAUGUUUCCUUCUUCAGGCAACAACAGUACUUACAGUCCUUUUCCCUUCACCAUCUCUGCGUCUUUUGCAGCCAAUCAAAACCCUAACUCCACUCACGAGGAAAACUAUCCCUCUCCAUUCUUCCACUUCCCUUCCUCAUUUCUUGACGAUGAUAAUGAAUUCCUCAUGAAUCAGUUGCUGCCACAACAACGGAUCUUGAGCUCUGCACCUUGCAAUCUUGUUUCAGAUUAUAACAGUACCCAUGAGGUCAACAACAACAACAGUACUACCGUUGCCUCGACAGGGAGGAAGAGUACAAAGAACGUAACCAGCAGCGGCAAGAAGAGAUCAAGUAAGGGUGGUAAUGGGAAUGGAGCUGCAAAACAGAUGGUUCCUCGAAAGCGAAAUGGGAAGAAGGACAGGCAUAGCAAGAUCUACACAGCUCAGGGCCCGAGAGACCGCCGAAUGAGGUUGUCCCUUCAAAUUGCUCGCAAGUUCUUUGAUCUUCAGGACAUGUUAGGCUUUGACAAGGCCAGCAAAACCAUAGAGUGGCUCUUCUCCAAAUCCAAGUCAGCAAUCAAGGAGCUGACUGAGAUCAGUAUGCCCAGAGGAAAGAACACUACUGCUUACAGUGGGGGUGGAAAGAGUGCUUCCUCUACCUCCGAGAGUGAAGUGGUAUCGGGAGGAAUAAUAUUCAAGGACAGUACUUAUAAGGAAAUUAAUGGACAAGACGAGGGAGAUAUUGCAGUGAAUGAAUCUUUUAUGGGUGUAAUUAAUCCAAAAGGCGCAAAGAACAAAAAGUCCUGUCAUAAAGCACCCGGAUCCAAUAAUCUUGCCAGAGAAUCCAGGGACAAGGCGAGAGCAAGGGCAAGGGAGAGAACAAUGGAGAAGAUGAAAAUGAAAGGUGCCCUUGACCCAAACUACAUUAAACAGUGUUCUGAUCAUGAAGCUGGAAACCCUAAUGAAUUUGAACACUUAGCUUCCAGCAAAGAACUGAAAUCUUCUGGGAAGGCAGUCAUUGAAGAAGAAGAUCAAGAAGUGCAAGAACCCAGUCUUCACUUGCUGCAGCAUCAAAUGGAUUCUGUUGGCAUCAUUGAGAAAUUCCUUGGCAUCAUGAAUUCAGACAGCAGUACUGUAGAUUCUAGAGAGGCUAAUUAUCCAGAUUAUACAGGAAAUUGGAUGAUUAACCGUGAUGUUUCAACUUUGUGCGAAAGCAUAAAGAGAUCAAGUUCAACAGGUAACGUCGUCCAAGUGCAAAACCCUAGUUCCAUUUUUAUGAUAAACCCAGAUGCUCAGGAGGAAAACACCACUUCAUUUUUCAUGACCAACUCGGCUAUGAAGGGAAGAAACCAGCAUUCGUCUAUUUUCUCAAAUGCCCAUGAUCAGAGAAACCCUAGUUCAAUCUUCAUCUCCACCUCAAGUAUAGGUUUGAUGGGAAGCCAUUUAUCCUGCAGUUCCGACGCUG